AUGAGGCGAAGAGAUAAAAACAGCACCGUCAGCUGCCCCUACUGCACGCUGAAGAUGUACUGCAAGGCCCACAACGACAUCCACAAAAUAAGGGCCAUGGAGAUCCAGCAGCAAAUUCAGCAGCAGCAAGGAGAGGGGGCCACUUUGGCGAAGAUUUAUGACUCCUUCAUAGGGGAGCGGCUGAACCGCAUGCGACACAAGCUGGAGGAAAGCCCACCCUCGAGAGGCCUGUGGGGUGAUGACCCAGUUGCUGCUGCUGCUGCUGCUGCUGACCACACACCCCCAGCAGGAGACCUUGCUGCUGCUGCGCAGUCGCCGCCGCGACAAAGCAAAAAGAAGCAAAAGAGCAGCAAAAAAUCGAAAGACAAGAAAAAAAGAAAACAUAAAAAAGACAAAAAGAAGAAAGCUUCGAAGAAAAGAAAGAGGAGAUCAAGCAGCAGCAGCAGCAGCAGCAGUAGCAGCAGCAGCAGCAGCGAUGACUCAGACUCCGACGAGUCACGUAUGAGGGCUCUUGGCCAUCGAAGAAGCACAAGACCGAGUAGAGGAGCGCUGAAGCAGCAGCAGGAGCUGCUGCUGCUGCAACAGCCGCAGCUGCAGCAGGAGCAGCAGCAGAAGCAGCAGCGGGAGCAGCAGUAG